AGAGGGGUCUCCUCCACCUGUCCGGAGCCCUGAGCAUCCGCCACGCAGCUGCAGGCAGACGGUGGAGCCAGGACAGCUGCAGAGACACAGGGCAGCGAAUGUUUUAAAGAUCGCCAACGUUUAAGGAUGAGGCAAGGCUGUAAGAGAAUGCAAAUGUUAUUCAUGAAGUAAAUCCACAAGGUGUGACGCCACAAUUAGUAUAUUUAGUCCGGGGCCUUUGACGCCAGCCCAGGAAAAGCAAGAUGGAGCCGCAGCACAACACCAAUCACAACCAGGCCUUGUGGAAAGAGAUACCGUGGGAUUUCGCCGAGGACUGCUCGCUGUCCGUGAGCGGCACCACGUUUCUCAUCAUCGCUUACAGUACAGUCAUGGCGGUGGGUCUCAUCGGGAACUCUUGCCUGGUGUUUGUCAUCACGCGGCACAAGGAAAUGCGCAACGUCACCAACAUCUUCAUCACCAACCUGUCUUGUUCCGACAUCCUCAUGUGCAUCGUGUGCCUGCCGGUCACGAUUAUCUACACACUGAUGGACCAUUGGAUCCUAGGAGAAGUCCUCUGUAAGCUCACGCCCUUCAUCCAGUGUAUAUCGGUCACCGUCUCCAUCUUCUCCCUCGUCCUCAUCGCCAUGGAGCGCUACCAGCUCAUUGUCCACCCGACUGGAUGGAAGCCCAUGGUGGGCCAGUCUUACUUGGCCGUGGUUGUCACCUGGGUCGUGGCCUGUCUCAUCUCGGUGCCUUUCCUCUCGUACAACGUGCUGGCCUUGCCUUUCCAGAACCUCAGCAUGCCCUUGCCAAUCAAAGACCACCUCUUUUGUAUCGAGCUGUGGCCAUCGGUUCAAGAACGACGCGUCUACACCACCUUCCUGCUCAUCUUCCAGUACUUCCUUCCUCUCGCCCUCAUCAUGCUCUGCUACCUGCACAUCUACCUGCGCCUGAGGAGGAGGAAGGACAUGGUGGACCGCGGCCGGAACACCACUCGGAAGAAGAACAAAGGCGCCGCGAGGAUCAACGCCAUGUUAUUCGCCAUCGUGGUGGCAUUCGCACUCUCCUGGCUCCCUCUCAGCGUCUUCAACACGGUGUUUGAUUGGAACCACGAGGCCAUCCCGUCCUGUGGCCACGACUUCAUCUUCUCGUUCUGCCACCUCACGGCCAUGGCCUCCACCUGUGUCAACCCCAUCAUCUAUGGUUUCCUCAACAGCAACUUCCAGAAACAGCUCCGGUCCACCCUGUUGCGCUGCCGCUGCUGGGCGGUGACGGAGCGGUAUGAGAGUGUCCCGCUCUCCACGGUCAGCACGGAGGUCACCAAGGGGUCCAUCUUGAGCAACGGAUCUAACAGCAUGAAUACCUAGGUCCAAGCUUUUUGGGUGAAAGACACUGAGACUACUCGGGGCCUCUUCUGCCCUCUUUGUGUCAUCUUUUUGGAGUUUUUCUUGCUUCGUUGUGUCCAAAAACAAAGGUUGACAUUUACAAAGUUCUAAACCUUACAACAGCAGUCCACGGAGACGACUGAAGAGACUUGACCACCAUGGCACAAUGAAUCAGUAUGAGGUCACAUCUAAGAGGAAGUAGAUAAUAAAGUAAUGGUGCAAAGGUUGGACAAGUUUAAGUAUUGUUGGGCACUUUUGCAACUAUAGCUCUAUAGCUCAUGUGCUGUGGCCCCAAAUACAAAUGAAGAGACAGCAUAUCAUUUGGUAUCUGUCGAAUUAUUUUUUUGACAGACACUUCUUAAAGACUGAUAUCUACUCCGAUUGUCACGUUGCAAUGAAUAUCAGCUGUUUAGGGUUUGCUUUUUACACUUUUACCUGCUUUUAAUGUGAGAAAUGGAAGGAGAGAAUUUACAGGACAAUAGGGUUGGGGCACUGCGAUUGUUCUUUUUAAAUGUUGCUGUUUUAUAUUAACAGUAUUGAUGAAAAUAUCAAGUGAACUGUGAUGUGUUGAUGAUCAUCGCCUGAGUAACUUAUGGCAUAACUGAAGGAGAGAACAUUAGUACAAUACAUGCGAACACUGAGACGUUUUACUAGCAUCAUCUUAAUGCAUUUAUUAUUACCUAAAGUCAUAAAAAACGAUGAAAUGAUCUUUUAAAGAGAACCUUGGCUAGAGACGUGUACAUUCCAAGCUGUCCACCAAGGUCGGCACUCCAGUGUGUUGUAGAGCUUGGGAUGUUUUUUUCUCAUCAAAUGUGCCAUCCAACAACCAUAUAUCAAGUGCCAUAAAACUAAACGAACGAGGCAGCAAAGGACUUUGACGGAGAAAGGGUUCUUCCCCUGUAUAUAACAUUGCAAAUGACAUGUAUGGCCUGUAAACGAUGUGACAGUUAUUGUUUAUGGUGUGGUAGGCGAUAAGGAGCAAUGUGUAGCAUAUAGCAGAUAUGUCCGGGGAAACCUGU